UGCAACGUUGGUUACAAAACCAUGCGGCUUCAAAAAUACGAAACAUAACAAACAGGAUAAAUUUGUGGACACAAUGUCGAAUCUGAAUCAGACGAGUGAAUUAAAUGCAAAUUUUCAACAUAUUUUCGAGUCUUUGAUGUUUGAAGACAUUAAAACCACAAGUGGUAAUUUCAACCCAAGCCAGAAAGCUGACAUACAACGGAAAAUUGCAGCCCAGCUCUAUUAUUCAACAAACUCUGGAGAUAUUGAUGAAGAUCCUGCAGUUUCUUUGACUCUGUAUAACUCAUACAUCCACAAAUACUUCCAGAUUGUGGAUGAACAGGACCUUUCUAGAGGAUUAGACAGUUAUUCAAAAGGUGCUUUGGCACUUGCAAGCUCUUUUAAAAAUGAGAGUAAACAAUGGAGUCUAAAAGAUCUUCGUAACACAAGUAUCUUCCAGACACUUGAAAAUGACUUGAGUAAAACUGAAGGAACAAUGAAGAAUAUUCAAGAAUUUGAGAAAACACUAGAAUUUUCAGUACAACUUGAAAAAAAUAAGAAUGAAGAGGAAAAAUCCACUCAACUACAGGUUACUAAACUAAAGCCAUGUGAACCAGAAUUUAAAUCCAAUUCAACACAGAAACCUCCAAUAGUUUAUCCGCAAGUGAAAUGUUUUAAUGUGUCUGAAAGAAGAGCUGAGGAUGUUACAGCAAAGAAAAAUUCAACUAUAAAUCCCCAGAUCAGGUACCCUGUGAAAUCUGAAGUAAAGGUUGAUGAGACAGUUAAACCUAAUAUUCCAUUCCGUACAGCCAAAGAACAAUUAAUUUUUGAUCAAAAGAAAAAAAAUGCGGGAGGAACUAAUAAUUCGACUUCGAAUGCGCCUUCCUAUGGUUGCCGUCCCAAGUCUCUUGGCCAACGUCGUGGUUUAAAUAGCCCUUUCAUUCUUCCUAUUAAAGAUGCCAAAUCAAACGAGGGCGAAAACAACGGUGUAGACAAAAAAAAAAUUGGGAAUAAUGAUGAACAAGAAAAAGUUGUUGACGAAAGGUUGAAAAAUAUUGAACCACGGAUGGUAGAGCUAAUUGAGAAUGAAAUCAUGGAUAAUGGAUCGCCAGUGAAUUGGGACGAUAUAGCCGGUCUAGAAUUCGCCAAGAAAACUAUCCAGGAAAUUGUUGUUUGGCCAAUGUUGCGACCAGAUAUUUUCACUGGUCUUAGAGGUCCUCCCAGAGGUAUUUUAUUGUUCGGGCCACCUGGUACAGGGAAAACCUUAAUCGGUAAAUGCAUUGCCAGUCAAUCCCGAUCAACAUUUUUCAGUAUCAGCGCAUCUUCAUUGACAUCCAAAUGGAUUGGUGAGGGAGAAAAAAUGGUCCGAGCACUAUUUGCGGUUGCAAGAGUGAAUCAACCCUCGGUAAUCUUCAUUGAUGAAAUCGAUUCUUUACUAUCGCAGCGGUCUGAAUCGGAACACGAAAGUUCGCGCAGAAUCAAAACGGAAUUCCUCGUCCAACUGGAUGGAGCAACGACGAGCCAGGAAGAUCGUCUCUUAGUAGUUGGUGCAACAAAUCGACCGCAGGAGUUAGACGAAGCUGCCCGGCGCCGAUUAGUUAAACGAUUAUAUAUACCCUUGCCCGAAUUCACAGCCAGAAAACAAAUUAUUCAUCUUUUAAUGGCCGAGCAGCGUCAUGUUCUGGGCGAAGAUGAGAUUGCUGAUAUUUGCAAUCGCACUGAUGGCUAUUCCUGUGCAGAUAUGACCCACUUGUGCAAAGAAGCUGCUUAUGGACCUAUUCGUUCCAUUGCUCUGGGUGAUAUUGAGCACAUAUCUCCUGACCAGGUUCGCCCUAUAACCAACGAAGAUUUCGACGCAGCCUUAUGUCAGGUUCGUGCUAGCGUGUCCAGUCAAGAUUUAGACCUUUACGAAGACUGGAACAGGCGUUACGGCAGUGCAGCGAAAUAAAAUAUUUCCUUCCUCGUGUUUAAUAAACCAAUAAAAAAGAUUAAAUAUGAUUUCGUCCAUUACUAUGCCACACUGUCUCUGGAAGGGAUUUUUCUAUCUUCCAGUUUCCUCCUUUUC